AGUCUGUUUUCAGCUGCACUGCACACCACUCCCAGUCCCACCACACCCUUCCCUUGCUUCAUGCACCUGCGCGUUGGGAGGGAAAAGCCACUGAACUGUGGGAGAAAGUUCACAACUGGGAAAGGAGUUUACAGAGAGCAGCAAGUGAUGUCAAAGCCUACUGGUGAUGUGGCUUGUCAUUCUGGCUGGGAAGGGAGGGGCAGGCUGGGACACAUGUACUUUAAAGGAGAUGAGGAAGUGAACCUGUGAUGCCACUGUAAAGCAGCCCUUCAGGGAAAGCCAAUUACCUACCCAGCCUCCUGGAGAUCACAAGGAAGAGCACCUUGAGGUGAAACAAAGGAGAGAUGAGGGGGCCGGCAAUGAAAGGACUGGGACUGUUCAUUUUCAGUGCAAUUCUGGUGUCUGCUCAUGCCCUCACUGUGGAAGCACCGGCGAAGCAAAUCCAAGUGGCAAGAGGAAGCAAUGCUACCCUGCGCUGUAAUUUUAAAACAAAUGUUAUUAUUGACAGAGGAGACAUGGUUUUCUGGAGGAAAAUCUAUACCGAGUCUGAUAUUAUUUCACGGUAUUUCGAUGGGUUCGUGCGCUAUGCGGAGGGCUACGACCAUCGCAUCCAGUUCACUGGUGAUGUUGACAGUGGGGACAUCAGCAUCACCCUGAGUGCUGUGACCAUGGAGGACAACGGGACCUACGUCUGCGCCGUCCGCCUCCGCAACGACGAGUCCCCAAAGUCCGUACGCCUGGAUCUCCAAGUCCUCGUCGCACCAUCCAAGCCUGAGUGCAAGAUUCUGGGGACACCAGAAUAUGGGCAGACAAUCAACCUAACUUGUGUUUCUCACGAGGGCUCCCCAACGCCCACAUACAGCUGGAAAAGCUUCGAUGUGCAAAAUCAGCCCCGUGCGCUACCACACGCAAAAGGGCAACAAAUAACCCUGAAGAACGUCUCAGCAGACACCUCUGGCUUUUACAUCUGCACUUCAACAAAUACCGUGGGGACGGAAUUUUGCAACAUGACAGUCAGCAUCAUGCCACCAUCCAUGAACAUAGCCCUGUAUGCUGGCAUCAUUGGGGGUGUUGUUGCUGCCAUUGUGGUGAUUGGGAUCAUUGUCUAUUGCUGCUGCUGCCAGAAAGAGAAGAACACUGACUAUGAGAUGACGUGAGUACCUCUCCCUACAGCAGUGAAUGGAACAGAUGAAGGGUUCUCCUUUUCCCUCCAGCAUCAGCAGAUGGAGUGGAAAGCUGGGGAGGAAAGAAAUCUGGGAAAGCAUGCACUGCUUUCUCCUUUCAGUGUCCACUCUACUGGCUCCCAUCUCUCCCCAUGGAGUCCCAGACACCUUUGUGUCUCUGGCUAGAACCAAAUUAUUCAAACCUUGGAUGUGAAUUAGCACACAUGCUAUGAGAAAAACCUCUUGCAUCACCAGCAAGACUGAAUUUCUGGACCUCAGUUGGGAACAGUUCUAGAUCAGCUUAAAGCAGUUGAAAAGCAUCCUAA